AUGAGCCGCUACCGGCCGGAAAUGGCCGCGAUGGUCCUGUGGACGCUCGUCGGCGGGGGGUUCUCGUCGAAUAUUCCGUGUGGGAAGGCUUUUCCCUGUGAUACGGCUUCACAAUUGAAGGCAAGCGAGAUAGCGGUGACAAUGUUCGGGAAGGACGUCGACCCAGAGAAACAUUUGCUAUCAAAAGGAAUCCCGAACGAGCUGUUCUGGGUGGCAGCGGGUGAGGCGAGAAGCGAGACCCUCGGCCUGUUCAACCAUACCGAUGCCGAGUUAAUAUAUUCUGGCCAUCGUCUCUCCCCAUCAGCCGAUCAAUUUGUGUUGAUGCAUCGUGUCGAUAGGAAGGCAUCGGAACGGGCGCGGGCCGCUCAUGUUAGCGUGGCGAUGAGCAAGAGGCUUGCGCUGCUCGGACUGAAGGAGCGCGACUUCCGGCUGGGCGUUCCGAAUAAAGUGGUCGAAACGGUGCUGGGAGCUGAAUGCCCACUACCCACACUUGAGCAAUGUCCCGGCACUAGAUAUCGGUCUUUUUCCGGUGUGUGCAACAAUGUGGCGAACCCGGAAUGGGGCGCAUCGCAUACGCCAUUUGCUCGUUUUCUCAAACCCGACUACGCUGAUGGGAUCACUCAAUUUAGGGCGGCCAAAAACGGCGAAUCGCUUCCACCAGUCCGUGGAAUUUCUCUGAAUCUUUUCCCACGAACCUCACAUCCCCAUCAGUCCGUCACCACCCUCUUUGCGCAGUGGUGGAAAUUCAUCGCGUCGGAUAUGGUGAAUAUUGUGCCCGGGCAGAGUGUUAUUGAUGGCCAAGUCCACUCCCUUCCCUGUUGCCGUAAAGGGUUCAUCCAUGCCGAAUGUGAUGCUAUUGAUAUCCCGGCUGCCGAUCCUGCAUACCGAUCUCGUCUGAACUGUCUGCCGCAUGCCCGUUCGAUGCCAUCAGCCCGUCCACAUUGUGGUCUGGGAUCUCGGGAACAGGCGAAUAUGGCAUCUGCAUUCCUUGAUGCUUCUACCAUCUAUGGGAGUGAUCCGGAAAGGGCACGGAGACUAAGGAACUUCCGCCAAGGCCAUAUCCGAACAGCCGGAAAUGCCGGACAAUUCCCGGACGUCGAUGCCUCACUCAGAUGCCAAGAAUCAGAUUCGCGUUGUCUCCUCUCAGGCUCAGAUGACGUCAAUAUGUUGGCCGGAUCGGCAGCGCUCCACACCCUCUGGAUCAGACAGCACAAUCGCAUCGCCGAGAAGCUAAAGGACCUCAACAAACACUGGUCAGACGAUCGUCUAUUUGACGAGACUCGGAAGAUCAUCGUCGCCCAGAUGCAGCACAUCACCUACAAGGAGUUCUUGCCACUCGUUCUGGGAUCCGAGGCUGCAAAAAAAUACGGUCUCGCCCUCCAUUCGUCGGGUUUCGACGCCGACUACGACAUGUCAAUCGAGGGGGCCGUCCUCAACGAGUUUGCCGUCACUUUCCCCUACGUCGUCUGGUCGCUGUUCCCGUCGGUUCCUUUGUACACCCUCUUCAACAACCCCGGUCGAAUCUUCCACAGCCAUGGCAUGGAGGAUGUGAUUAGAACUCUACUGACAACAACCAUCCUCCGGCCGGCCCUCCGAAUGGGAGAUGAGAUGAAGAGCCAAUUUUUGAGGGACAACCUCGAGAUCGGUCUAGAUCUUGUGUCAAUUGCGCUGAAACAGGGAAGAGAUCACGGGAUCCCCGGAUAUACGGCUGUCAGGGCACAAUGUGGACUUGGAAAGAUCCGAGCCUUCCACGAGUUAGAAGACCACUUUGCCCCCGAGGUGCGCCAGGAUUCGAUCACUGUUAUUUAUGAAGACGUUGAUGAUAUCGAUCUUUUGGUGGGAGUAAUGGCUGAAAAACCGCUAAAAGGAUCACUGGUUGGGCCGACGAUGACGUGUCUUAUUGGAAAGCAAUUUCAACGGACGCGUCGUGGCGACCGUUUCUGGUACGAGAACUACUUUGCACGCAGCGCCUUCACCGAGGCUCAACUUGACGAGAUACGCAAGACUACGCUCGCACAGGUGGUGUGCCGGAAUUUGGAGCUGACCAAGGUGCAGCCAAAUGUUUUUAUGGUCGAGGAUCUCUACGAAAAUAUGGGUAUUGAUUGCAACUCGACAAUGUACGAGGAGCUGCACAUAAAAGAAUGGAGGGAUUCAGAGGUCCGCCAAGAGCUUCCGGUCAGCCAGGAGACGAUCGAAAAAGUGAUGGCACUGGCGAAGACGAAUCUCGAGGAUCAGAAGAAGAGGGAGAGUGGACAGAUUAAAGCCAACCAGAAACGGUUCACGCGAGGAGAUCCCCUAUUCCAAUACUCGUCCAUGAUGAGGGCCAAGCCGGAGGCGAAGCAAUUGGCGCAGAUCUCGGAGUUGUUGCUCGAGUCGACAAAGCUGUUGAUUAAGGGCGAAAUGCUGCGCGAAGAUGAAAAGCUGCCGGAGCUCGACACCGAGACGCUGCAACGAAUUCUGCCGGAGGUGGACGUCACCACUUUCAUCAACAACUACACGGCAUUCCUCAGUCCCAAUGGCCAGAAAACCGUUGGCGAGUGUAUCCCGAAGAUGUUGCCGUGUGAUCAUACUUCGCGAUAUAGGAGCUAUUCCGGGUGGUGCAAUAAUCUACAGUACCCGCAUUUCGGGAACGCUUUCGGGCCGUUGAAGCAUUUAUUGCCACCGGUUUAUGAUGACGGAUUCGACAUCCCUCGUUGGCGUGGCAAAUCGGGUCGUUCUCUCCCGAACCCUCGUCGGGUCUCAAAUGCUGUCAACGAAGAUGUGGACAUCGAGCAUACCCGCUUCACCCACAUGGUCAUGCAAUUCGGUCAAUUCCUUGAUCACGAGCUGACCCAUUCCCCGGCUGCCCGAGGGCCCAAUGACGAGAUUUUGAACUGUACAAGAUGCGACUCCCACGAGACAAUCUCUAUCCAUUGUAUGCCGAUUCGAGUGGAAGAGGGAGAUCCCUUCUUCCCGACCCAUUAUCCCAACGGGGAACCCCGAUGUCUUCCAUUUGCCCGUUCUCUUCUUGGCCAAUUGAAUCUUGGGUAUCGAGGGCAGAUGAAUCAGUUAACCGCCUAUAUUGAUGCUUCGGUGAUGUAUGGAUCGACGGAUUGUGAGGCCAAGGCGUUGAGGUCUUUCCAGGGGGGACUUUUGAACUUCACGGACUCGCUGCAGCACGGGACUUUAUUGCCACAGGGCAAUCAAGAACACGACUGCCGCUCAGCCCCCCGCCAUCCCUGUUUUGUGGCCGGUGACGAGAGGAAUUCCCACCAGCCCGGACUAACAAUGAUGCACACGAUCUGGAUGCGAGAACACAACAGAAUUGCCGCCCAGCUACAAAUUCUGAACCCGCAUUGGACCGAUGAGAUACUGUAUCAGGAAGCCCGACGGAUCGUGACGGCUGAGAUGCAAAAUAUUGUUUUCUCCGAAUUUCUGCCGAAAAUUAUUGGCAACGACUUGUUGGAUAAGAACGACCUCUUCCCCAAGAAAUCCGGCUAUUUCACCGGCUACGACCAAUCCUGCGAUGCCUCCAUCUCACAACCUUUCGCCACAGCAGCCUUCCGUUUUGGCCAUACCCUUGUGAGGAGAAUGUUCCCCCGAAUGGACGCCGACUAUAGGAAUAUGAGUGAUCCGGUGGAUUUGGCCAAGCAUUUCGGGCAUGUCGAGCCGAUUUAUAAUGGGUCUUCUGGAGGGCUUGAUUCGAUGAUGAUGGGGCUUCUUGGGACUCCUUCGAUGGCUUUUGAUCGGCAUAUUACGACGGCGCUGAGAAAUCACCUCUUCAUGCGUCGUGGCGAACCCACUUCCGGCAUGGAUCUAAUCGCCAUCAAUAUGCUUCGUGCUCGUGACCACGGUGUCCAACCCUACAAUGAUUUCCGAGAAUACUGUGGCUUCAGAAGAGCAAAGACCUUUGGUGAUCUUCGAGAUUUAAUGGAUGUUGAUGCGGUAAAUGCCCUUCAAGAAGUCUAUGAAAGUGUCGAUGAUAUUGAUCUAUUCCCGGGACUUGUCGCUGAAAGACCGCUGGCUGGAGCUUUGCUGGGCUCGACGAUGUCGUGCAUCCUGGCCGAGCAGUUCGGCCGUCUGAAGAAGUGCGAUCGUUUCUACUACGAGAAUGACAACCAAGCCGCCAAGUUCACCCCAAGCCAACUGGCCUCGAUUCGAAAAGUGAGCCUGGCGUCGAUAUUCUGCCGUAAUAGUCGACAUAUCAGGACAUUACAGCCCCAUGUCUUUGAUCUACCCGAUGAUCUCAUGAACGCUCAAGUGCCGUGUACGGAUAUACCGGCUGUGGAUUUGGACCAUUGGAAGGAUAGGCGCCACUGCGACAUGAACGGGAAGACGAUAGCAUUGGGUGAAUCGGCGCAUGUCACUCCAUGCGUCACGUGCACCUGCACUUUGGAUGGGGUGAACUGCCACCCCGCAAAGGUCGACAGCUGCGAGAAUUUGUCGCGCAGCUUUUUGUUGAGCGAAAUUGCAAAGGAUACCUCGUGCAUGAUCCAAUGUGCCGAUAUCGUCAAAAGAAGA